GCCCAGGUCAGAGCAGGUGACACGUUCCAGGCACACAAGCUGGCGUGCCAGGCGUUCUCCGAAGCCUGGGGUUUCGAUGGGCGGCGAGAAGUCGGGAACCAGGCACUGCAGCGUGAACUCCAGAUCCUGGCUGCUGCAGCACAGGUCUGAGUUGAUGGCUAGGCGCGACAACACGUGCAGCGGCACGGACGGAUCGUCGCCUGCGUUAAACACCUUGACCUGCGCCAGCUCCAGGCCCAGCGCGUCAGCGAAGCGCACCCGGACCUGCCGGUUGCAGCCAGCUCCGCACGCGGCGCCCGGGGCUCCCGCAGCCUUGGCACGGCGCUCGGGGGAGGUGGGCAGCGAGCGCGAGCGUCGUUGGAUGAUGGGCCGCAGCCGAGGGUCGCAGCCCGGGGGUCUGCAGGGUCGUCGAUCCAUGUCCGAGAGGCAGCUGAGGCUCCGGGGCACGAGUUUCCGGGACCCCGGGGUCGAGGGCAGCGGGGCAGAACCAGAGCCUUUUGACAUGGCCCAGCUGGGCGGGCGUCACCGCCGAGCCACUAGGCUUUAGGGCUUGACAGCCUCUGGAAGCCCCGAGGCACCGCACCCAACACGGAGACUGUGUUCGCGGCCUGGCCCUGGUCUCAGCGGCGGGCAGCCUCGAGCAGCGGGUGGCGCUAUCCAAGGCGGCUUCCCGGGGCGUAGCGCCCUGCACGGUGUCGGCCGCUUCUCUCCUUCCUCUGAGCUCUUACGGGAAGGCCAGCAACCCCGCCGCCCAGACGCUCAGCCGCCCGCAACUUCUCCAAGCGCAACUUCCCGGCGCGCCCCCGGCGCGCCCCGCCCCUCGUGACGCCGCCCGCCGGUGCGUCCAGCCAGCGCGCCCGGCUGCCCCGCGUUCGCCCGGCUGCCCCGCGCAGCCCCACGCUGUCGGAACCGCGCGGCCCGCGACCACCCCAGCCCCCACCCUUCCGCCGCAGCGCAGCCGCCGCCCCCGGGAACCUCGUCACGUGUGUUCAGGCUGCGGAGCAGGUCUGCUGGGUUUCCUUGUUCCGCUGGCGCUUCAGCCUUUCCGAAGAUAAGGGGAAUAAAGAAGCCACCUCCCCAGCUGUCAUCAUCUGGCAGCAGAUUGAGCAAGAAUAUUCUGAGUACUGCAGAGAAGACAAUCCAUCAAACCUCAGAUGAUGAGCAGCCCUGUGACCUGUUCAAGACAAGGGAUAGGAUGAGGGACUGUCAUCAGAAAAGCAGUAUAAAUGCUGGCUCAUCUUGGAAUCAAGUACAGCAUUCAAAGACUACUUCGGGGAAAAGGCAGAGUGGAUCACAAGGACCCCACGUCUCCUCCCAGCUGAGGAGCAGCCUCCUUGGGAUCUCCCAGCCAGCAGCAGAGAAACUCAUGGAAACCGUUCCCACGGAAGGAAUACAGGAGCAGGCUGCGCUCAGCUCCAGGUAUCAGGCUGCCUCUGGAAGCAAGCUGUUCCUUGACUUCCACUCCAUGGAGAUCAUGAAGGGUGCUGAUGAGGACAGUGCCAGUGACCUGUCAGACUCAGAAAGAGUGGCCAUCCCCCCUUCUCCAUUCACGCCUCCAGAGCUCAACCUCAGAGCCGAAGAGAUAGACCCGGUUUCCUUCAGUCUUCACCCAGAGCUGAGCCAGGCAGAGUCCAGACAAACCUACCCUGACUUUCUUCCACCUCCUUUUAACUCCUGGGACCUCCGGGAUAUGGCUGUUGUCAUGAACUCAGAGUGCAGGAGUGAGGCCCUGCCUCGGGCCACGGGAUUCCUUGGGAAGUACAUAGACAGACUUCUUCAACUAGAAUGGCUGCAAGUCCAGACUGUGCAGUGUGAGAAGGCCCGAGCCGCCAAGGCCAAGCCCCCUGGUGCCUCUGGGGUGCUGAAAAGCCCUGGACGGGGUAAGCUCCUUACCAGUGCCCUGUCCAAACCCUUACCAUCCCCAGAAGGGAUUUCAAAGUCAGGCCCUUCUCGAAAGAAAGGUUUUCGCCACGAAGAAGCCCACCCAUCCUACUAUGCAUUUGAGACUUUGCCUAACUCUGUGGAUGGGCCUGGCCGACCCAGGCUGUGUUCCCAGAAGCAAGCCCCGGAACUGAGAAUGGAGAAGAAGAAGAAAUCAAGUAAGGGCCCUAAGCUUCAGCCCCGUGCUCCACCCUGCGCCGAGGGCAACCCUGCAAUGGAAGCCAACGGCAACAUCCGAAUCCCCAGGCAGUCUGCAGUGCUUCUGGACCCAGUGGAUUCCCAUAGGGCCUCCAGGACACAGGCGCACGUGGACCUGAAGAAAAAGGGAAGUGCAAAUACCUGUGGCUAUGCCCCUUCAUCCAGUGAGAAAAAACUCAAAACAAAUGGAGCCAAGCAAAGCACAUAUAAGUUAAAGUGACCCCUGAGGUAAAGAAUUGUAAAGACCUGCAGAUGUGUAACAAUGGGGGCUGUCUCCAGUGUGGUGAUGAGCUUGAACUAACUCAAGCUGGCUCUCGGUUACUCCAGCUUGCCUCAAAAGUUAUUUUCCGAGGUCUCGGUAAGGCUUAGUAAGCUGUUCUUUGUAUAGGCAGUCUUACAGACAGACUUAUAAAGUCUUAUAGACAGACUUUGUAUAGACAGUCUUAAGCGUUCGAGGGCCCUAUAGGUAAAAAUUUACCCAUGUGUCCGUGAUACAAGGGAUUCAAGCAACAGUGCCAGGCAGCCAGCACAGCCCAGCUCCAGUGUCUGUCCCUGUCUCUGAAGUGUGGAAGACAGUGUGAGCUGCUUUAAGGGAGAAACCCUAGUGUGUGGAGGAAGAGAGGCCCUGCUGGCUCACCGCCUUUUGCUUUUGCAUAAACCCCUCAAGCAGAGUUUCUGUCUGCUGUCCUUCUCUCAUCUGUCACCCCAUUUCCCGCCCCCCCCCCCAGCUCCCACUCCAGUUAGGGAGCUCAUGCAAUUCUAUUUUGAGGGUCAUUUAUCUGAAGCAGUUCCUUGCCAGAGGCAAAGGCAGCCGGAUCGCCUAUCUGAUGCAUUUUAAAAGGCAUUUUAAGACCAGGGGUAGUGCUCUAGCCCAGUUCUGAGUUCUCUUAACUGAAGUCAACAUCAUUUGUGGAUUUUUCCAGACAGAAAGAUGACCGGCCCAACCUUUGUUGCUGCUGUCUGAUGGGAGCAAAAAAAAAAAAAAAAAAAAAAGAAUGCCUUGGCACAUUAGACUUUGGGAUAUCCAUGAGCAAUUUGUAGGAUUACUCAAAUAUAAGUCGUUGAGUUGCUGACUAGGGACCAUACAUAUCCUCUUGUUCUGGGUCAAAACUAAAGGUCUAUGUCUGUUUGUAAGAACAGGUUUUUCUAAUUACGCCUGGGGCCAGGGGAAGGAGCAGAGACACAUUUGCUUGGGGGGUUGGGGGGUGCAGACAGGCACACAUAUUUCACACAAACACACAUAGGGAGGGAGGGAGAGACUGAGAGAGAGAGGGAGACAGAGAAAGAAAGACUGGAUACUAUCCUGAGUGUUCUUAUCUGGCUGUGGCUUCCUCUCCUCCCAUGGUGGGGGGUGGGGGUGGUGGGGGCGGGGGGGGGGGGGAUUCCUCAGCUGCAUCCCAGACCUCUCUGCCUGGGGUGUUUUCUUCAGUGUGCAGACCUUCCUUGGUUGCUGCUUCACAGACAGUGGUUGUUUAUUAAGGACUGUAGUUAGUAGCUUCAUCCUUUGUUCUAGGCAUGGUGAUUCUAGUGUUUUUUGGGUUUUUUUUGUUUGUUUGUUUUUUGUUUUUUCACCUUUGAGACAAAGAACAAAGGUUACAUGUUGCAGUUGGAAAUAACAAUGGCUUCCACAGGGCCCCUGGUGUCUGUGACUGAGAUGAGUUUAGUUAAAACCAGCUGCUAAGGUUAAAUGUCCAAUUAUCGCGCUGAACAACACGUGAAUUUUUUUUCAGCCCUUUUUCUUUAGGACUUUAUUUUCAUAUUCUUUUUGCACUGUCCCCCCAGAGAAAACCUGUUAUUUAUUAAAUGCAGGUCUUGUGCCUUUUCAUGUGACCAAAAUCCGUUUAUGUUGAAGGCAGUCCACAGAUGCAAUGUCCACAUUUGCCGGAGUAUGCACCUUGUGUUGGGAGAACGAUACCACCCUGCUCCCUCUUCCCACCUGAGGGAGGCCCUGGGUCCACUUCCCUUCUCCUUGGAGCACAGACUAUUUGCAGCAUGACUGGAACUUCCCUUAUUCUUUCUCUAGGUUUUUAUGCGGAUCCUUUGGAAGCUUCAGGGCCAGUAAAUGUAAGCAUGACAUCAUAUACACGUAAUACCAGCUCUAGUGCUCACUAGAGUAGCAUGCUCACUAGAGCAGCACUGACAGGGUUUCUUUUCUGUUACACACCUGUGUGGGUCCUUUAGACCCUGACAGGCAAGGGUGAAAUUCCUUUUCCCUUGCUGGAUGUGAGUCUGAGCUAAAACUGUCACAACUAAGGAAUGCAAAGACAGUGACUCAUGCAUUCGUUCCCAGCACACUUAACCGAACUUGGUUCCUGAUCUAGGGACUAGAAUUCAUGUUCUGUGUUUAGACAGCCCUAGAAGCCCAAAGCACGACUUUGUUUACCUCUUUGCCCAGGUUGAUUGUCCGAGUUGAGCAGUGUUAUUGGAUCUGGGUGCUAUUGAGCAGCACAGUUUGUUACAGUCACGUUGAGUGUAGUUAUUUGAGCACAGCCUUUUCCACGAUCCCUAAAAACAUACCCCACGUAGGCAAGUAGACAACAUUGGGCACUGAACUGUAAACUCAAUAAGUUCAAGGCCAAACCAGAGUAUCCAGCCUCAGUGACAGAGGGUGCCCUUCUGGGAAGUUCUUCUCACUCAGGGAUGGUUAAAAGGCCCUCCCGUUUAAACCAGUCAAACCCAGGAGAAAUAUAAGGAAAACAGUAUUUCAGACUUAAUAACAUCAAUGAGUGGAGAAAAAAAAAAUCACAAAAGGUUCUAAGUAUUCACUGAUGGCUUUGGUCAUUUUCCAAAUCUCAAAGGGGCUGAAGGUUUGUAACCAACUUGAAGGUCAUAGAGUAUGUGGCCUGUCACAGCCCUUUGGAGGAGAAGACAGACGCCAUGGUCUUCACGCAAAAGGAAGGCCCCUGAACCUGUGAGCUGUUGGGCUUAUGUUCUAGAAGACCUAAGGAUAACUUCUUAGGUGGCUUAUACCUUCUUUAUCUUUCUUUCCGUUCAUUUCCUUAAACAAGUAGAAAUAGGCACUCCUGGAGGUACUGUGUUCGAGGUAACAGCAGUAUUUAUUGUUUUAUUUGUGUACGUGUAGACGGCUGUAGUAAAGUGACCUAUAAACACAUUCAGCAUGUUCAUUUGCUGUUGUACUGCUGUGUGUUUGGUUUUAUACGUAGAAAAACAAGUCACGUAAGCUUUUGUGAACUUGGACUGUUCCUUCCUGGAGACAAAUUAAACAAACGUUACCUGGAA